CAUUUACUACUAAAAAGUGUUGUUUCUUUUGAGAGGUCCCAUGCAUCUGUAAAGCUGAAAGACAUCAAACUAAUAACCAAUUCAAGCCAAUUAAAGGAACUGUGAUUAAUGGCGUCAAGAGAUGCAAAUCAGGGCACUUGUGUGGAUUCAAAUGAUGAAACUGUAGUUGAAUCUGACAUUUCCCUCUCGUAUGAUGAGGUUGACAACUACGCUGGUGCCCCAUACUAUAAAUUUGGGGUGUUAGUGGAUGGACAAAAUCCAAAGUUGUACAUUGAUACCCGAAGCCAACAAUUGCUGUACGAUCCACCAGUCUACCUCGGAACAUGGCAUUCAAAUCAUUCAGUGGUGAUGAAGUGGGAGCGAUCAAAUGAUGGGGAUUACAUUUGGAAGAACGUGGUCAUUCCAAAUUGGUCUCUUACGAUGACCACCCGUUUUCAAGCUGGAAAGACAACUGAAGAGAAAAGUUCACCCAUUACAUACCUAGUGGGAUUCAAUGCAGUACUGAGACCCCCCAAGGUGACCCGGCAUCACAACCGUACCGGAGCAUACGCGUUCAGUUUCACCCAAGAAGGAACAAAUUUAUUUCUUAAACCACAAGAGGUGCCAGUCUACGAUCACCAAGGCAGGGUGGAGGGGCAAAUAAAGACAAUAGUGGCUGUACAAGAUACAUUACCUGAUAACUACUAUCUCUUCACCAUACAUCCAACUUCAUACGUACCUCCUACAAGUUAGAGAAUUAUAACUUGAACAGAUUUAGAACUAGAGUAGUAUGGUAUAGGCCAAAAGGACUGUAGCCCAAGUGGCUUAGUAUAUAGAUCUAGCAUGUGAAUUGAAGUAUAAUUAUUGAAAUA